AUGGCGGAAUACGAGGGCAACAGACCCCAUAACAGUCGCCCUUCUCUCAAAACUCAUCUCUCUUUCAAUAAUUACCCCAAAUGGAAAGACAAGCUUAGAGAAAAUUGCCACAAAAGGGUCCGUGAGGAUCGAACCCGUUUGCUUUGGAAAUUGAGAUUGCCCAAACCCAAUGACCAGCCUCGCAUUCAUAAGGAUCUCAUCAAAUCAACUUUCGAGGAUAUAGUUUCUGAUGAAAUAAGAAAAAUUAAGAACUCGUCGUUGAACAGUGAUUGCGGAGUUCCAACUUUUGGUACUGCUGCUGAUGACUUGAUAUGGGAAUAUGAUGGUCUUCAUAGAGGUUAUCAAGGUGGCUGUGAAGAGUUGUUGUUAGAAAUGCAAAGAAUAUUUUAUGAGGAUAUUCGGACACAGAAAAUUUUAAAAGAGCCAGAAAAUUUUAUCAGAACUUGGGAGGAUGAAGAAGACGAAUACUUGGCUCGCGCAGUAUAUGAGCACAUGCAGCUCAAUGGUGAGCAGGUAGGCAAGGAGGUUUGGUGCCCAGUUUGCAAACAAGGAGAGUUACAACAAAAUCAUUGCCUUAUUUAUUGUUAUCGGUGUGGACUUAAACUCAACAGAGUCGAUGAGAUUAAUUUGGAUUUGCUGAGGAUGAGGCUGGCUGAAGCUCAUGCAGAGCAUCUUGAUAGGGGAUGCAGGUUAAAGCCUGAGUUCUGCAUUGAGACUAGAUUUGAACUAUCUGCAUUGUACAUCAAGUGCCAAGGCUGUGAUACAUUUGAGGUAAAUUUCUCUUAA